AUGGCUGCUUCUGAGAGUUAUCCUCAAUCUUUAUGGACCGGUUUGAUGAAGGGUCUCUAUUUUCCGUUUUCUGAUUUCAUGGAAGCUAAGGAAAAAUAUUUUUCUACGUGGGCAUGGAGGAGUUUGCUGAUUGGUAGAGAAGCCCUGCGUCCUGGAAUCUGUUGGAAAGUUUCAGGCCCCUCUUUUGUCAAUGUCUGGACAGAACCUUGGGUCCCUACAUUACCUGAUUUUCGAAACAGAAGUAGCAGACCACCUGAUUCUCCUAUUAUCUAUGUGGCUAACCUGAUUAAUCUGAAAAAAGCUCAGGUUCAAGCUGCCCAUGCUCGUUUGCCUUCUUCUUCUACAUCUUUGCCGCAACCAUUGUGGAAAAUGAUUUGGUCUCUCCCUGUUCCCCCUAAGAUUCAAAACUUUUUGUGGAGAGCUUGUUCUGACUCGCUAGCCACCAGAGUCGAUCUUUAUAAGCCCAAGUGUGCUAAUUCUUCAGUUUGGUUUCAAAGUCUUUUUGAGAGGGUAAGAGCUCAGGACAAAAAGGAGAUCCAGCUAGCUAGUUUUUUGGCAUGGCACAUUUGGAAAUCUCGAAAUGAAGCCAUUUUUGAAGAUGUGGGCCCUAAUCCAAUGGUUUCUUUGCACAAUCAAAGUAUGGGAGAGCGGCAUCUUCCUGCAGAUGGUGCCUUUAAAAUAAAUGCUAAUGCUUCCUUUGACCAUGUGUCGUCUUUAGCUGGUUUGGAGGUAGUGUUGAGGGACUCUGGUUGUAAUCUAGUCGAUGGUUGCUCUUCUUCUUUUGCUAGUUUAUCAGCUCUUGCAGCAGAGGCUCAAGCCCUUAAAACAGCCGUCUCCUUUGCAGUUAGUAGAGGACUGUCUUCUCGCUGUUUUGAAACUGAUUCUUUGCAAUCAUCUAAUAGGUGA